AUGGCUCCAAUUCAACUUGGAUACUGGAGUAUUCGCGGGGUGCGUUUUGUGUUCUGUUAAUUUUAUUCAUCACAUGGUCGUAUUGUCACUUGUCACGACUCCGUUCGGAAACCCUGUCUCAGUGGUAGACUUUAAGGUAAUAGCUCUCAGACAAUAAGAAAAAAAUCGUUGCAAUGAAGAACGAAUAUAUGUAAAUACACAUAUAUAGGAUAUAUUUUAAUAUAUCUAUAGUUCUGUAGAAUGUCCCUAAUGACAAUUCUGUCUAUGAUAUGCGCAACUGGUUAGACUAUUCUUCGCAGGAUCUGCGUGGACGUCGUCACACUUACUCUGCGUAGAAUCUUCGCAGAUGCUCUACGCAUAAUCUGCGCAGUAAAAUAUACACUCGUUUUUUAACCGGACAGAACCCCUUUAUUCAUAAACAACCCUUACCCGAUCUCUUACCAUUUGUUCCCCGCUCUAACCUGCUUUAGUUUUCCUUAAAAAGGAGGUAUGGAAGUCUCGUUUUUUUUCAAAAAAUAGAUUUUAUUUAAAACGAGUUAGUAGUAAGGAUCGUCAAUAAGGCAAAACACAAAUGGCCAAAAAGCUCUACAAAAAGUAUUGUUUGCACGAAAAGGGAAAAAUAACGUAAUAUGUAAAGAGAUCCCAUUUUAGGGCUGUGUCGAUAAGUCGACCGGCCCAGGGAUGAAUUGUUUCUAUAGACGACAACGAUGGCGAUAUAUCGUCAUCAUUCUUGAUCUCAAGAGCGCCUAUCACCAGAUACCCAUCUGGGUAGAGGAAAGAUCGGACACUGCCUUUGAAGCUUGUGGACGUUUAUAUCAUUUUUGUAUCCCGUUUGGUGCGACCAACGGAGUUGCGUGCUUCCGAUGGACCAUCGAAGACAUAAUUGCACGCAAACGUCUAAAGAAUAUUUUCGUCUACGUUGGAAAUAUCACUUUAUGGGGACGGCCUUGCGCAACAUGAUUCAACCCUUCAAAAAUUUCUUAGCGUGGUUAAAAAGUACGGACUAACAUUCAAUGAAGUCAAAAAUGUUAUCGCUAAUAAAGUUAUCAAACUUCUUGGUUACGAGAUGUCCAUGGGAAACAUUAGGCCAGAUCCGGAUCGUCUAAGCCCUCUGCGCGAAAUGACUCCGCCACAAGAUCUUUAGUCACAACAACGAGCUGUCGGACUGUUUGCAUACUACUCACAGUGUGUAUCGCACUUUACGGAUACAAUUCACCUGCUCAUCCAUAACAGAAAUUUCCCAUUACCAUUGAAGGUAAUAGAAACUUUUGAUGCUCUUAUGGAGGAACUUGCGAAAGGCAUAGUGGUCACCGUUCAGUACGAUAGCCUAUUAGUUGUCGAGACCGAUGCUUCAGACGUCGAAAUCGCUGCCACACUGAAUCUGAAUGGCCGACCAGUAGCGUUAUUUUCACGUAGCCUAUCUCCAAUUGAGCGACAUCAUUCAGCUAUAGAGAAAGAAGCAUACGCCGUAGUGGAAUCCAUACGCAAAUGGAAGCACGUCCGCCUCUGCAAUCACUUUAAACUCAUCACGGAUCAGACUUCUGUUGCCUUCAUCUUCAGCAAUCAGCGAAAAGGGAAGGUCAAGAAUGAUAAGAUCGAACGCUGGAGAUUGAAACUGUCACUAUUUACAUUUGACGUUGUCUACUGACCUGAUAAAGAAAAUCGAGCGGCGGACACGCUUUCCCGUAAUUGCUGUGGCGCCCUACUAACCAUUGCCGAACUACACAAGUCACCUUGUCAUCCCGGUGUCUCCUGGAUUUCGCAAUUUGUUCGAGCUUGGAAUCUCCCCUUUUCGAUGGAAGAGAUUCGAAAUGUCGUCGCUAAAUGUCUGGCCUGUUGUGAAGUCAAACCCUGUUUAUUUAAAACACAAGGCCAAAUCAUCAAAACCACCCAGCCGUUCGAACGAUUGUCGCUCGACCUCAAAGGUCCUCUUCCGUCGGCAACUUACAACCGCUAUCUGCUGACAAUUAUUGAUGAAUAUUCUCGUUUCCCGUUUACGUUUGCCAGUCCUGACCAGACUGCCGAAACUGUCAUUAAAUGUUUCUGUCAGCUUUUCUCCAUUUUUGGUACUUAGUAGUGCUUACACACCGACCGGAGAUCGUCAUCUAUGUCAAAUGAAGUUCAGCAAUUCCUUCGCAGUGAGGGAGUGGCGACGAGUGAAACAACUCUAUAUAAUAUCCAUGGAAAUGGGCAGGUCGAAUUUCUGAACCAUACUUUAUAGGAGGCUAUCUUGCUUGCUCUUAAAUCGCAAAAUGUGCCCAUCACGCACUGGGAAUCCGUCUUACUUGACGUUUUACACUCAAUUAAAUCACUUGUGUACCGCCACUAAUGCGACACCUUAUCAGAGAAUGUCUACAACAGGAGGUCAACUACUGGGACUACUCUCCCUAUGUGACUUACCUCUCCUUGAAGAGUUCUGCUGAAGAAGAGCAAUCAACUGUCUAAGUGUGAUCCGCUUGUCUAGGAGGUAAAACUACUCCAAUGUAACCCCCAGUAUGAUCAUAUAUGAUUCAAUAAUGGCAGAGAAGAAACGGUAUAUGUUCGACUGCUCGCACCCAGCGGUGAAAAGGAUGUUAGUGAUUGCCACCAGGAGAUGGCCACGCCGGUACCCGAAGAUUUUUUCCCACUUUUUCCUGACCAUCCACCCAUUGCCAAGCAAGAAAUUAGCACCGUUUCAACUGACGAACAAAAUGAUGCAACACCCGUUAGUGUACUUAACGCCGACGAUGUUGGUAUGCAUAGCCUGGAAACAUCAAUCCGACAAUAACAACAUGUUCACUCAUACAGUCUUCGUAACAGAGACGCCUUAACUUUGCCUUAUGCUAACGUUUCCUAUUGUUUAUUGGCAUCUCGAUUCCUCCAUUUGUUGGCCGGGGUGAAUGUCAUGCUAACAUAGGGCCCUGGCUAAAUUCCAUCUAAUCUACUACUUUUCUAGUUCUCGUUUUAGUUCAAAUACGUCAAUUAUAAGUUGAAUAAAGCCCUGUUAUAGGGUAUUCUCGUUCUGACUCUUGCAUCCAUAUUAGUUCGUCCUCUCCAUCUCGUGUGCUUCCUACGGUCCUAGCUACAACACACAUAUACGCAAUUAAGUAAAAGGGUAAAAUUAAAAACAAUUUUACAGUCGAUACUGCAGUAUCUACUUUUAAAACAUGUCCAAUAAAUGAUUUAAGGUCUCUUCCAGUAGCCCUGGAUGUGAAAAUUAUGCAAUAACCGGCACUGGAGCUAAUCUAAAUCACUCUUUCUGCGACCGUCCUUAGAGUCAGAACUAGUUCUCAGUUAAUGUUUUAUAUAAACAUGCAACGCCAACAAUUUUCGGUGUUAUUGGAAUGGAAACCGGUGCAGAGGAAGACAAAUAAUAGUGAAUAUGUCAUAAAGCUCGGAUUUCAUAUUAUAAUGGGUGAUAUUGUGUGUACCACUUUUGGACUGAUGUUUAUAUGAAAAUUGAGAGGUGGGAGGCAAUUGUCUCAAACUCCGCCCUCAUACUUCUCGUAUUAACUACAACUAAUAUAUUAGCAAACUUUACUUUGCCCACGUCAGCGUCUGCAAACUUGACUCUAAAUUAUUUUUUUGUGUCCCCAACCCAGUUGGCGCAGCCUAUCCGCCUUCUGCUUGAGUAUGUCGGGGAAGAUUAUCAAGAGAAGCGAUUUGAGAAGACUGAUAUUGAAAAAUGGAAAGAAAUGAAAUACACUCUUGGUAUUGGCUUUCCGAAUGUAAGAAGACUUGCUGAUAAGCAUACCGCUUCAGCUUCCAUAUAUUAUUGACGGCGAUGUGAAACUCUCUCAGUCAAGCGUAAUUCUGCGUUAUCUGGGAGAGAAGCAUGGCCUUGGAGGCAAAGGCGCGAAGGAACAGGCUGAAAUCGCCAUGGCUGAGGCCGCGAUCAAGGAUUUGCGAAUUGCCUUUUCCCGAAUUGCUUACAGUCCAAACUACGUAGGUUUCCUUAGCAUAUUUCAUGAAGGUGUUUUAGGAGGAAGAACGACCUGGUUUUAUGCCUAAAUUUGAAAAAGGCAUUGAGGAUAUUUCCACUUACCUCGGCAGUAAGAAAUGGCUAAUUGGUGACAACGUAAGUCUUUUGUAGUUUACAUCUCGUGUUUAUCGUGCUUGAUAUCUGUUUUCUUAUCGUUUUGUGUCGUCAUUUCUGGCAACUACGUUUCUUCCGCAGAUCACUUACGCCGACUUUGUUCUCUACGAAAACCUCUGCGUAUUCCACGUUUUUGAGCCGUCGUGUUUCGACAAAUAUCCUAAUCUCAGAGAGUAUAUCGAACGCUUUGAGGUACGUGUCUUUUUAUCUUGCACUUUUUUCGUGUUCUAUGACUUAUUGCGCACUGUCUUUUACAUUCCAGGCGUUGCCUAAAAUUAAACAAUACAUGAACUCGGAAAAGUUCAUCUCUUGGCCCCUCAACGGAUGGACGGCAAGUUUCGGUGGUGGUGACGCUCCCCCAAAGUAA